AUGGGCUGUGAAGGAGGUGGGCUCUGCACUAGUCUUGUUGUUUCCUUUUUUCCCAAUAGCAUGACUACAGUAAUUGUCAUCCUGGCUGCAGUGAUCACCCUGAUCAUUGGUUUCAGUGUCUCAGGAAAACAAUCCAUCAGUGUGAUGGCGCUGACAUCUCCAGAGAACAUUGGCCAGUGCAGCAUCCUGGGCUUCACUUUCAAGCCUGACAUCCAGAUUGACAGCACAACAAUCCAGUGGGCCAAGGAAGGAGUAGCUGGGCUGCUUCACGAGUUUAAGGGUGGGAAGGACCACCUGCAAGAGUAAGAUCCGUCCUUUCAGGGCCGCACGGCCGUGUUUGCGGAGCAGGGAAUGGGUGGGAAUGCUUCCCUGGAGCUGAGGGAUGUGCAGCUCUCCGAUGCUGGCAUUGACCAGUGCUCUGUCACCACAGCCAGAGAGAGUGAGGAAGCAGUGCUGCGGUACAGGACAGGAGCCUUCAGCAUCCCCAUGGUGCAGGUGGAGAACAGGAGCCAUGGGGACACACUGCAGUGCAAAGCCCUGCACUGAUUCCCUUGCCCUGCUGUUCACUGGAUGGCCUAUGGUGAAACUGAGCACCUGCCCCACGCUGCCAACACCAGCUAUGAGCUGAACCCUGAAAACAUCACUGUGAGGGUGGUUUCCCUCCUGCACAACAUCACUGCUACUGCCAUCUACACCUGUGUGAUUGAAAACAGCAUUGCCAAGGCUAUGGGCAACAUCAGAGUGACAAAUUUCAGUGUUACAAAGGUGACCAACUUGCAGCUGGUGAACCUGAAUGCAGAGUCAGUGCCAUCCUCCUUUCUAGCUUGUCACUGGAUGCUUUUGCUUCCCUUGUACCUGCUGUCAACAUAA